AUCCGGUCGCGAUACUUUAAUUUUGAAAGGUUUUUCUUGAUUUUCAGGUGUACCGUCACCACAAGGGCAGUUCAUGCUAUUUAAUCUACACGAGCACUACUUUUACCGUCACAGGUCGACUUCAGGUCCCACCAUGCAAAGCCUCUAUCUCCUCCUGAUACCUGCUCUGCUGCUCCUCUUGGCCAUCCCCGUCUCCAGGGGGCGUUACAAUGAUGAUUUUGACGAUGGAGAGGACCUAGCAGACUUCGAUGACAAUGACUUUGCCGAGUUUGAGGACAUGACCGAUGAUUCAGCAGCUGAAGCAGAAACCGCCCCUCCGCCUCGGGCUUCACCAUCCUUGCAGCCGGAUGAGGAUGAAGAUGAAGCCACAGUGGAGCUGGAGGAUGGACAGGAUGGUUUUGAAGACCCAGACACACAGGAUCAAGAUAUAUACAGCAAAUAUGACCAGGAGGAGUUUGAGGGGAUUGGAGACAUGGAGAAGACUGGACACUCCAUGAAAGACCCCCUGAUAAUCCACACGGUUCCUGCACAUCUCCAGAACAGCUGGGAGAGUUACUACAUGGAGAUCCUGAUGGUGACGGGCCUGCUGGCCUAUAUCAUGAACUACAUCAUUGGAAAGAACAAAAACAGUCGCCUGGCUCAGGCCUGGUUUAACUCGCACAGGGAGCUUCUUGAAAGCAACUUUGCACUAGUGGGUGAUGAUGGCACCAGUAAAGAAGCGGUAAGCACUGGGAAGCUGAACCAGGAAAAUGAGCACAUCUACAACCUCUGGUGCUCUGGACGUGUGUGCUGUGAAGGCAUGCUGAUCCAACUCAAGUUUCUUAAGAGGCAGGACCUGCUUAACGUUUUGGCCAGGAUGAUGAGGCCCGCCUGUGACCAAGUGCAAGUCAAAGUGACUCUUAAUGAUGAGGACAUGGAUACUUUUGUAUUUGCUGUGGGCACCAAGAAGGCCACGGCCCGGCUUCAGAAGGAGAUGCAGGACUUGAGUGAGUUCUGUGGUGAUAAGCCAAAGUCUGGAGCCAAGUAUGGGCUCCCAGACUCCCUGGCUAUUCUUAGUGAGAUGGGCGAGGUUACGGAUGGUGUGAUGGACAACAAGAUGGUACAUUAUAUCACCAAUCAUGCUGAUAAGAUUGAGUCCAUCCAUUUCUCGGACCAAUUUUCUGGUCCAAAAAUUAUGCAAGAGGAGGGUCAGCCCUUAAAGCUGCCUGAGACCAAGAAGACACUGCUGUUUACAUUUAAUGUGCCUGGCAUGGGCAACACCUCUCCCAAAGACAUGGACGCUCUGCUUCCUCUCAUGAACAUGGUGAUCUACAGCAUCGAUAAAGUCAAGAAGCUUCGUCUGAACAGAGAGGGCAAACAGAAAGCUGAUAAAAACCGUGCCCGUGUGGAAGAGAACUUCCUGAAGCAGACUCACGCUCAGCGUCAGGAGGCAGCCCAAACACGGCGGGAGGAGAAGAAGAGAGCAGAGAAGGAGAGGAUCAUGAAUGAAGAGGACCCUGAGAGACAACGUCGUCUGGAGGAAGCUGCCCAGCGGCGUGAGCAGAAGAAGAUUGAGAAGAAGCAGAUGAAGAUGAAGCAGAUCAAAGUCAAAGCCAUGUGAAACAUCACCACAGGGAUGAGGAUACAAGCACACAUAAAAGCAGUGCUCAGCUCAGACCGUUUUCUUCCAGCUUGUCUCACCACGUCCACAGCUCUUCCUUACAAGUCGCUCAAAGCUUCAAACAGACGUUCUGCACCUCUGGAUGUGUCGAGCUUAGCUGUUUGUAUCACCACCUGCUCCAUGUCAGUGGCUAAAUCUUAAAGACUGUGAGUGAAUAUGAGGACUUUUUUUCACCAUUGAAUCUGUCACCACUUCUCACGUCAAGAUUUUUCCCUGAAUUUCAUGAACGUUGCGUAGCUCAGUGAGCUUUUUAACCUUAGUUUGCAGGGAAGGAAUACGCUAUUUGGUAAUACUCAGACACAUUUUUUUAAAGGAAUAAAAGGAUUGCUGUGGUUUCAUUGGAUAUAUAUUAGCAUUAAUAUAAUAAAUGAUACUGUCAAGGACGUUUUAAUUUAUAUAUGCAAUGUGGUUGAUUUCUUGCAAGUUGUUUCUAAUCUUUAUCUGAGCAAAAAAUAAAAUGUACUGGAGUCUGUUGGAAAACUUUGUUUUUAAUGGUAAAUGACAAGGCAGCUGGUUAUGGGUGUUAGUGUGGUGUGUGUGGGUAAUAAAAUAGUCUCUCAAUA